AAUAAAGCUCCAUCAUCGCAGCAUAUACGCAUAAAACAUCUAACAACAUUACCACUCAACACAUUGUCUCACACAUCAAGUUGAAUAAAAUACAAAAUAAAAGAAAUCAUUAUGAACACAGCAUUACCUUCACAAUGGCAACCACCUUCAGAGCCGCAGCCAUCAAAAGACUCUUCUUUCUCAACAUCCAUCCCUCUAUCGAUGCUUCACAUUAAUAAUAAUGAAAACAAUAGAAAUACUAAUAGUAACAGAAGUAGUACAGAAUCUCCAAUAACCGCGAGUUCCUAUCAAGGCCGUACAAUAAUUAUAUCUGCAGCUACAGCAGAAGCAGAAGGAGAAGUAGAAGCAGGGUCAAGGUCAAGGUCAAGGUCAGGGACAGGGACAGGGACAGGGUCAGGGACAGGAUCAACAACAACGGGGAUAAUGAAUCAGUCCAUAAAAACUAAAGAAUUGCCGUCUUUACCAAAAAAUAUUACUACACAGCAACCAAAGUAUCAACCUCGGUUACCAUCUCCUCUUUCACCAGGAGGAGCCCAGAAUCACUCAACAGAGACGGAGGCAAAUAAUAGUCAUCAACAACAACAACAGCAACAGCAACACCAGAGUGCUGAUUACCAGCGUCUGUCAGAACCACCUACAGGGAUCCCCCGAUGUAUUGUCCGGGUAGACCGAGACCAUAAUCUGGCAGACCAGGCCACGCGAUUUGACAAUGAGCAGUUCCCUGAAGAAUUUGUUGGACGGAUCUCAAUUCAACAGUUUAAGAAGACUGUAGAAGGAAUCAAUGAAUGCAUGCGGGAUGCAGAACAAUCGAUGCUUAACUGUCUAGAUACAUUACUGGACUGCCUGACAGCAUAUACUGCCAAACAUUGCUUUGGAACACAUUACCAACGUGCCAUCCGGAGAAUGGAGGAAUUUAUUGAACAGGAAAAUAGACAAAUCUACCAUCCUGCGAGAAUGCAUCUUCGAGACCCACAAAAAGUGGGGAUGAUCUACCUUGAGUUCGAGAUCUUUUAGUGAAAACCACUUGCACAUCAUCCAGAAAAAAGUUCUAUUAUGGCUAGCCAAACCUCCCCUCUCUCUCAACCAUCUUUUGUAUACCUUAAUUGCAC